CGUGUGUGCACGUUGACGUAGUUUUGGGGGCAUUGUUGAAAGAGGCCGUGUAGUGACCAGUUUGUACAGUUUUUUAUUUUAUUUUUUAAAUAAUAGUGCUUUGUGGCUUUGAUGUUCUUUGGUGAGAUACAUACAGGGCAUCUGAUAUAAGUUUUCCGGAAUACUGCAUCGUUAUACGAGUCCAAGACAGCUAGAUAUAGACAAAUAUAUAACAAAGCAUUGGCGCUAACAAAGCUAACAGUUCCUUAUACUUGUACGGUUAUCUCCAUGCAGUUUGCAAUACAUAGCCUACACUAUAUCAAACUUCUGACUAAUAUUAUGUGAAGAAUGCAGCUGCCAUUAUGACGAAAUACGCCAAAAGACUCGUACCUUGAAGCUAAAAGAAGGUAGCUAAGACACGGCUAGUGUAUAGUUACAUUUCCACUCUUGCCUCCACUGAAACACACGUCUAUGUUGUUAAUUUCAUCGUGGUCGACUAUAUUAAGAAGCCGAGCCCUUAAACACUGGGUUAUAAACGAUUACAAGACAAAAAAUAACUUAAGUGUGUGAAGUAAGGUUCACUUAGCAACAGGCUAGUCGGUUAGCUGAGUUGAAGCUAACGCGGUAGCAGCCCUGAGUUUAAUAGACGGGAAGAGAACCAGUAACGUUAGUGGGUUUUAUUAUCAUUUUAUUUUCCCCACAAGAGACUUGAAACAAUGGCAGCCCCUUCAAACGAGGCUCUGUUUUUGAUAAAGGACGUGAAGCCUGGGUCGAAAAAUUUGAAUAUCGUAUUCAUCGUUUUGGAAAUCGGACGAGUAACUAAAACGAAAGAUGGCCAUGAGGUGCGGUCGUGCAAGGUGGCAGACAAGAGCGGGAGCAUAGCCAUCUCAGUAUGGGAUGAACUGGGCAGCCUCAUUCAGCCCGGGGACAUCAUCAAGCUGACCAGAGGCUAUGCAUCUAUAUGGAAAGGCUGCCUGACCCUGUACACUGGGAGAGGAGGGGAUCUUCAGAAGAUCGGAGAGUUUUGCAUGGUGUAUUCAGAAGUGCCCAAUUUCAGCGAACCAAACCCUGAGCUUCUCGCCCAAGCCAACCAGCAGAACAAGUCUGGUAAACCUGACCAGAACCAGAGGGGAAACUCUCCGCCCAAUCAGAAUUCAGGUACACCCGCCCCACCAGGAAACGGUGCCAUGCCUCCAUUUGCCAACAACAACCCGCCGCCUGUUGCCCCCCGAGACUCUGCCUUCGGGAACGUCGGGCGACCCAACGGCCGGUCCCCUGGAAACGGAGGCCCCCCAGUUACUGCUGCUGCGCCCCCAGCAGGCACAAAGUCUUCAGUUACCAUUAGCAACGGCAGGGACCCACGACGUGCCAAAAGAUGAAACCGGGCUUAGGGGGGCGAUCAUGUGGGUGGACUAUGGACAUCCCUGUUCCCCCCGCCCCAUCUUAACCUCCGCCCCCCCCCCUCCUCAUCACAGCCUGCAUUGGCUUCCAAAAUCAUGAAUUAUAUGGGACUACCUGCAUCUGCAGGCUAACAUGGUUAAAUGUGUUGUUUGUCAUGCAUAGUGCGCGUAGGUCUCUCUGUAAGCAGCACAGUGUGAUUAUGAUCUCCCACUUGAUGCACUAUUAUCAGGGCUUCUUGAACAGAUCAGAUCUGGCGGUUGAGCUUUGGUCGUCCUCAGUCCUUGUCCUCUAUCUUUUUUGCAACUUCCCUGUUCUGUGCCAGUGUUACCUCCCUCACACACCAACCUGACCCCUUCUCCUCUCCCGUUCUAUGAAACUAUACACCCUACUUGAACACUUGAUGCACUUUCUUCUCUUAAUUUAUGUUGAGGUAUGGCUGUCAUUUUGAAAUCAUAAAUCAGUUUCUGCUUUUUCUUUUUCUUUUUUUUUUUUUUUGUGUCCUUAAGUUGAACUCGAUGCCCAAGUGAAAUUCGUCAGGGUCGUCCCUCUUAACCAGACUCUACCCAAAAGUGAAAAGUGAGAGUGUGAAUAGGAAGGUGUUAGUUUGGACUUUUUGAUAAUGGCUGAUAUUUGAUUUAUUUUAUUUUUUUUACCGUUUAUCGAGGAGGCGCUGCUUAAAUUCUGGCGCGAAUGGUUCACUGAUUAAUCUCCAGAGUAAUUUUGCUGCCACAUCUUGAUUUCUGUGGUCUGUUCGGGAACUUACAUUACUAUUAAUGUCAAUAAAAUGUAUGUCAUGUUUGGUAAA